UGUACUGGGCUGGGUCCUCUCUAUACACAAGUUAAAAGCAAGAAAGAAAAUAAGGGAUGGUGGUGAGAUUGAGAAGAGGCUGCCUCAUAAUAGCAGCCUUGUUCAUUGUUUUGCAGGCUAAUUGUGAAGCUCAGAAAAGUUUGUGCAGCCCUUCUUCAUGCGGGAACCUUGUCAACAUUAGCUACCCAUUUUGGUUGAAAGGCCAUGACCCUCUCCCGGAGUGCAGGGACCCUCGAUACGAGCUCUCCUGUGAGAAUAACCGCACUGUUCUAUACUUGUAUUCAGGGAAGUACUAUGUAGAGUCAAUCUCUUAUAACAACCGAACCAUGAAAGUCGUUGAUUCUGGUCUCCAGAUUCACAAUUGCUCCUCACGACCUCUUUAUUCCUUGACAUAUUAUGCUAACUUCACUAGCAGUACUAAAUCAGAUACGCAAAAUAAAGAUCCUUUCUUCUACCCGUGGCCUUGGCCGGGAAAUCUGGGAAACUAUGUAGUUUUCUUGAGUUGUGAAAACCCAAUCAGAGACACAGCUAAAUCAUCAUCAUCUCCCCACUUUGUGAAUACUUAUCCAUGCAUCAAUGGUUCUUUGGGGGGUUCUCAAUACUCUUACGUUUUUGUGGGAGAGAUACAAUUUUCAGAUGUACCGGACUCCUGUACCAUAGGCACAAUGGUUCCAAUUCGAACCUUGCUAGAUGCCGGUGAUCAUCGUUCUUUCUCUGAGAUACAUUAUGAAAUGGCCAUGGGGUUUGAUCUCUCAUGGUUUCGCAUUGAUUGCGGAAGCUGUGAUGAAACAGGGGGUGAUUGUUAUCCUGGUCAAGAUCCUUUCAAUAACUACAUCGUCAACUGCGACCCCAACCGCGAAGGAGGAAUUUUUCAUUCAAUCUUCCAUUCGCCCCGAUAUUGCUUUACAGAAUAUUAUUGGCCCCAAUUUUACAAGCAUAAACUACAACCACGUCUCAUGGUUAUAGGUAAAGCGUGACACUGUGUACAUUGAUUAUUUGU